AUACAAAUUAUCUCUCAUGCAAAUUCGUCUAAUGUAAUAGUUUUAAAGCCAUUCACUAAGCAAUAUUUUGUCGACUGUUUGCAAACUUUGCAUUCUAUUAAUUUAACGUUGUGUUGUUUGAUAAAGUUGGCGCUAUUUUGUUGAAUGAUUAGUUGACCGUUAGCUAACUUUCUAGAUAACGUUAGCUGCUAGCUAGAUUAGCUAACAACAAGUUUAAAAAAAACAAUAGUUAUUUCGUGAUCAUCAAAUAAUGCAGUGCUCUAAAAACGAAUUAACGAAACAUUUAGUUUUGUUACAGAAUGGAAGACUAUGAACAGUUCAUACAACGCCGACUUUACGAACUGAAAAGGAAGGAUAGCAACGACAACAACAAGAACCAACGCCGGACACUGGAAUCACCAUGUACUCGCCACGGAUCAUCAGCUAUCCGUUUCCAUGGCAUACCCAUCCUUCCUCCAUUGCUCACAGGAGUUCAAAGAGAAGAGAUGCAGAGACACAGAGAGGCAGCCAAGAGGACUACGGAUAGGAGGAAGACUCAGCCCUCUGAGACGAGGAUGUCCUACGUUCAGAACAUUCUACACAGUGUUCAGCUGAGGCAAGCACCAACACUGGAGGAGUUCUUUCAGGGUGAACCAGGACUAACGGCAGCCAAAACCACCAACCUACACCACAGCAAUGUCUGCCAGGUUCUAGCGUCGCAGAAUGAUGAUGUCACCGAGACCAAGAACAGCUUGCCGGGGUCGUACUCCCCACCAACCUUAACCGUCAUGCAUGAUGGGAAAGCAGGCAUCCUCGUCCGAGGUCCUCCCAUGACGUCGACAGCCUACGGCGCCUUCACAACGAAUCACCUUACAACUCUCCAUAACACCACCACUGUGAGGGAAACCUUCCUAGAUAAGCUGGUCUGUGACCCAAUGACACCUUCUCUAGCUAGAGAGACAACCACACACACCAACCAGGUUGUUCCACAAACAGAGACCCGGACCAGGGAGAGAAUCUUGUAUGACCAGGAUAAGACCACCAAUGCUGGGUGUGUUCUGGAGGAGGACCUGGGUUCAGGAGAAGCAGCGGUGGAUCCUCUAGCUGACAUCAGCCACCAGUCUUCAGAGACCCGGACCAGGGAGAGACUCUUGUAUGACCAGGAUAAGUCCACCAAUGCUGGGUGUGUUCUGGAGGAGGACCUGGGUUCAGGAGAAGCAGCGGUGGAUCCUCUAGCUGACAUCAGCCACCAGUCUUCGGGGUACGUGACGUAUGAAAACGCGGAGGCCACCUGUGUGUUGAGUCGGACCGAGGCUGGGGAGAGCAUUAUGUCAGGGCCUGAGGAGGGGACACCAGGUGGAACGGGGGGGGUUCUCCUACACAACACCUCCGAUACAAACACAACCAAGGCAUGUAAUAUCAUCAGCCAUCCUCCCAUUGAUGCUGAAGAUCUGGAGGAGGGGUCGUCCCCGUGUGACGAUGACCUCAUAACCAGUGGCCCUGCAGAUGAGGCGAGCGUGACGUCGUCCUGGUGUAAUGACGUCAUACCAGACUAUUUAGAGGAAGCGUUGGGGACGUCGCCGCUACAGAGCAACGAUAUCGCACCUCCUGUAGAAGACCGCAUAGCAAGUCAUCCAGGAAAGAAGUGUGGCACUGCUAAUAUUGUCACUUUCCCCCAGCAUCAAGCCUCAUCACUAUCAGACCGUCCUGAACCCAAGAUUGUAGUGACAUGUCCUCAGGCUGAGGCCUCAACACCGGACCUCUGCAAACCAGAUCAGGCUUCAGACUUAGACCUGGAACGACCGGAGGGACCAUACCGGCUUAGCCUCCAGACUCUUCUAAAGAAAUCCCAGGCAGUUUUGGAACGCCCCAAACCAGGCAGGAACCAGCCAGAAUCAGAACCAAAGAGCCAGACUGGAGAUGUAGACUUGGACCCGGAAUCGGAACCAGUGGCAGGGCCGUACCGUCUCAGCCUUCAGACCCUGCUGAAAAAGUCCCAGGAGCACCGGAGACGCCAGCGUCAGCUGAAGAACCAGGCCAAGACCUCUACUUGUCCUACCAGGACCCAGGAGGCCUCGACACACCAGAAGAUGGAGGAGGAGAUCAGUUUCUCAGACAAGGAGAAUGAGGAGUUCCUCCAGUCAGGGAGAGUGAUGGCGGAGGGAAGGAAAACCCGGGACAGGGAUUGGAGAAAGGAUCAUCUGGGAAUGGGAGUCCAGUUUUCCAGACCGCCACCACUAGAGAUAUUCCCUAAGGAAGCGUGGGUUCAACGUGAGGAGGAGAAGGCGAGCUCUAGGAUUGUGGAAAGAAUGGGACUCAACGAAAAAGGAUGUCAUGAAAGAAUAUUGAAGGAAUUGGAAGCUGGAAAUGGCCCUUCACAUUUGGUUGGUCGAGAAGGAAACACCCAAUCCCAAUCUCCUCCAGGAGUGGACAUUGAUGCUGGCUCGGCAGCCGAAGACAUCCAGCUACACCUCUCACCAGACGUCACAGCAGCACCGUCAAAGCUAAUGGAGAACCUUCCACAUCCUAUCUCAGCCUCCAUAACCCAGAAAUCAUUCUACCUAGUCAGGGAGAAGAGCUCUACCCUGCCGAGGCCUUCCUCUCUGGGGGGUAGUAGGUUCCAGACCGUCCCUACCCCCCAGUUUAGUAUGAGCCCUAUCCGCUGUAAGAGUAAAGGAAACAGUGGGGGAGGAGGGCGUGGCACCCCCAAGAGGCAGAUCCUGGUAAACACACCUUUGAAUGUAGACAACGAGGUGGGGUCGGUGACUGGGCAGGAAAAGAAUGAUGCUCGGGACCAAAGGCAUCUGCACAGAGCGCCCCUAGUGGCUGGGGGUGGUGCAACACCUAUGCGUAGGAGCUCAGACCAGGCAGAACAGAUAGCUCAGCUGGAGCUCAACCUGUCCAGCCUCAAAAUACUGAUCUCAGACCUGGAGUCCACGUUCACAGAGACACCAGAGAGCCACCAGACACACAACAACAGCCAGACGGAUAAUAUAGACCAACAACACAAAUACAUGGACGACCACACACCUGACAGCCAGGCCUUACAGAGAACAGGGAACCAGACACACAACAACAGCCAGACUGAUAAUAGUAGUAACCUUACCAUGGAUCCGCCACAUAAAUACAUGGACUACCAUACACCUGAGAGUCAGGCAGAGAGUAACCUUACUGACAGUGAGAAAGGAAGAGGGGAUGGAGGUCAGAGGUCAGCUGAUAAGAUGGCGGUGGUCCCCUGUAGAGUCCAGUGGUGUGACAGCGUACCUCCAUUGGUCAAGGAGGUGGAGAUCACUGUUACAACGGGUUACAAAAGACAAGAUGGUCGCCAGCAGCAGCCUCUUGCAGCGGGCCUCGUCACCUCCCUCACUCAGAAGAGGAGAGUUCCUGACGUGUUCCGGAAGGUUCCAUAUGAUGUCAUCAAGGUUCCAUCGGAAGUUAUCAAGGUUCGGAAUGACGUCGUCAAUAUUCCGUCAUCACACAAAACACCUUUCUCCGUCCUCUCAGACGCCAGUGACAACCAGCACCAGCGAAUGGAGUGGAAGAGUUAUCUGGAGGACCCUGCCCACUUCCAAUCCAUCAACCAAUCGUAUGACGUGGACACGCCCUCAGGGCUCUGGCUCCAGGGAGGGUCAGGGUCAGAGGGGUCGUUGAAAGGUCAUGACCCCGCGGGGAAGCAGCUGACCCCUGAGAACGGAGGUGGUGGUCAGGGAGGGGCGUCAAGGGCCAAACGUAGACUGGUCAUGCACACGACAGAGGGGAACAGGGGACAAGGACGAAGAGAGGUGAUGAACAGGCCUCACUCCAGUACUCCUAAAGCUGCUGUGCGGUCACACAGUGUGGAGAACCAGCAGGUGGGAUCCUGUUCCAGUCAGGAGAACCAGCAGCUCCAGCUGAAGCAGACCCAUGCAGCCCAAGUCAGAGCCCUGAAGGAGGAGCAGAGGAGACAGCAGCAACAACUACUGCAGAUGCUGGCUGUACGUUACCAGCUACUCCAGAGUUUGUCCUUCCCUGUGUCCUCCUGCCCCACAUCCAGCUCACGUCUAGGGGACAACACGACCUCUCUCCUCCCCCUUUCUUCCAUCCCUCUGUCCUCCAUCCCCCUGUCCAUCCCUCUGUUCUCCCCCUCACCAGGAUCCCUCCUUUCAGACCCAGACUCCCCCCCACCAGGAUCCCUCCUUUCAGACCCAGACUCCCCCUCACGGUCUCCCAGGUGUCUGUCUGUGUGUUUUGGCCCCCUGGUGGCAGCAGCAGUGAAGGGAUACCUAACCAGGAGGCUCCUACGCACAGAGAGAGUGGGACAGCUGCUAUGUACCAUCAAGGACACGCAGCAGUUCCUGCAGUCCUUCCAGCCCCAGAGCCCUGGGAGAGACAGCAGGCAAGACCUGGUGCUGCAGGAGAGAGUCACACUGCAGCUCCGAUCGGCACGUUAUGAGGUCCAGGACAUCUUCUGUCUGUCAGCAGGAGACAGGAUGCAGAUCAUCAGCUGGGACAGACAGCUGGCCAGGGACAGGGAGAUGAAACGCCAGACUGGGGAAACGGGGUCGACCAGGGGGAAGAGUUCUCUGUCAGCUGCUACACAGAAGGCCUUGGAGAGGAAGAGAGGAGUCAUGAUGAGGAAAGCGGCAGAGGGGCAGAGGGGGACUGGAGCUGUGGUUGUUGCUGGCCAGAAGGGCCCCCUGGCUGGGGCAGAGGGGAACGUCAUGAAGCAGACACGUGGGUCUUUUCGACCCAACCCUCAAAGGGUCCCCAAGACCACCCAGUCCCGCAGAUCUCGGUGAAGAUGGUCUACUUAUCGGGCUAAACUGGACCGGAACUGGGUCGUGUUCAUUUUGGCACAGUGUAGCAAAACGUUUUGCACAGGAGAACGAAAACGAGCGUUUCUUAUUGGACAAGUUCAGGCUCAUAUUCAUUAGUGAAAAUAUUUUGGAAAAUGAAAGUGUUUAUCUUUCUUAUUGGACAAGUUCAGGUAGUCCCUCCCUUGACCCAGGUAAUGAAUACUGUUGAUACCUAAAUAUACACACACACACACACACACACAAUCCAUCUCACUUAACCCUAAAACAAUACGCCCCUAUGGGCCCUGGUCAAAGUAAUGCACUAUACAGGGAAUAGGCUGCCAUUUGGGAUGCAUGCAUAGUGUUUCUUGCUAACCAUCUGGAAAGUGUUGUAUUUUAACUUGAUUGUAUUCUACAAAGGCACAACUCACUGCAUUCAAAUGCAUCUUAGCUACUACAUACUGUAUGUGACAAUCUAUUCUUACCACAAGACCUCAGGACUUGUUUUUGGACACACUGUUCGUAAUAUGUUAGUUUUAUACUAUUUAUAUUUCCUAUACCUGUUUGUGGUACGGUAUUGGGAUGGCAAUGCAACCAAAGCCCAGAAAACCCAAGUCUAGUUUUGAAGGUCUGUUCUGAGUGUUCUGCUUUCCUACUGUUUUUGUUCUAAAUUAUUUAGAAGUGUUUUUUAAUAAAUGUUUUUAUAAAAAAUUUACUUG